AGGGCCGCUUGUGCGGACGCCCCUCAAAAGCUGGCCGAGGUGUGUCGUUGCUUAAAAAUAACCGGCCCCUGCGCCUCCUUCUCUCUGGCAGCGAGUCGUCCUCCACCCCGGGAAAUGGGGCCACGCCCGAGGAGUGCCCGGCCCUGGCCGACAGCCCCACCACGCUCACCGAGGCCCUGCAGAUGAUCCACCCCAUUCCCGCCGACUCCUGGCGAAACCUCAUUGAGCAAAUAGGUCUCCUGUAUCAGGAAUACCGAGAUAAGUCAACUCUCCAAGAAAUUGAAACCAGGAGGCAACAGGAUGCAGAAAUACAAGCCAAUGCCCACAGCUCCCCGGGCAGCGAGGAGACUCCAGAGGAGGAGGAGGAGGACGAGGAGGACGAGGAGGAGCUGGCGAGCCCACCCGAGAGGAGGGCUCUGCCCCAGAUCUGCCUGCUCAGUAACCCCCACUCGCAGUUUAACCUCUGGCAGGACCUCCCGGAGAUUCAGAGCAGUGGGGUGCUGGAGAUCCUGCAGCCCGAGGAGAUCAAGCUGCAGGAGGCCAUGUUCGAGCUGGUCACCUCCGAGGCCUCCUACUACAAGAGCCUGAGCCUGCUCGUGUCCCACUUCAUGGAGAACGAGCGGCUGAAGAAGAUCCUGCACCCGUCCGAGGCCCACAUCCUCUUCUCCAACGUCCUGGACGUCAUGGCCGUCAGUGAGCGGUUCCUCUUGGAGCUGGAGCGCCGGAUGGAGGAGAACAUCGUCAUCUCGGACGUGUGCGACAUCGUGUACGAUUACGCGGCCAACCACUUCUCAGUCUACAUCACCUACGUGAGCAACCAGACCUACCAGGAGAGGACCUACAAGCAACUGCUCCAGGAGAAGGCAGCCUUCCGGGAGCUGAUUGCACAGCUGGAGCUGGACCCCAAGUGCAGGGGGCUGCCCCUCUCCUCCUUCCUCAUCCUGCCUUUCCAGAGGAUCACGCGCCUCAAGCUGUUGGUCCAGAACAUUCUGAAGAGAGUGGAAGAGAGGUCAGAGCGUGAAUGCACCGCCUUGGAUGCCCACAGAGAACUGGAACUGGUGGUGAAAGCAUGCAACGAGGGCGUGAGGAAGAUGAGCCGCACGGAACAGAUGAUCAGCAUUCAGAAGAAGAUGGAGUUCAAGAUCAAGUCGGUGCCCAUCAUCUCCCACUCCCGCUGGCUGCUGAAGCAGGGCGAGCUGCAGCAGAUGUCCGGCCCCAAGACCUCCCGGACCCUGCGGACCAAGAAGCUCUUCCGGGAGAUCUACCUCUUCCUCUUCAACGACCUGCUGGUCAUCUGCCGGCAGAUUCCCGGAGACAAGUACCAGGUGUUUGACUCGGCCCCACGGGGCCUGCUCCGCGUGGAGGAGCUGGAGGACCAGGGCCAGACGCUGGCCAACGUGUUCAUCCUGCGGCUGCUCGAGAACGCGGACGACCGGGAGGCCACCUACAUGCUGAAGGCGUCCUCGCAGAGUGAGAUGAAGCGGUGGAUGACCUCACUGGCCCCCAACCGGAGAACCAAGUUUGUGUCCUUCACGUCCCGGCUGCUGGACUGCCCCCAGGUCCAGUGUGUGCACCCGUACGUGGCCCAGCAGCCGGACGAGCUGACGCUGGAGCUGGCCGACAUCCUGAACAUCCUGGACAAGACCGAGGACGGGUGGAUCUUUGGUGAGCGUCUGCACGACCAGGAGAGAGGCUGGUUCCCCAGCAACAUGACUGAGGAGAUCUUGAAUCCCAAGAUCCGGUCGCAGAACCUCAAGGAAUGUUUCCGUGUCCACAAGAUGGACGACCCUCAGCGCAGCCAGAAUAAGGACCGCAGGAAGCUGGGCAGCCGAAAUCGGCAAUGACCCCUGGCCCCCAGCCUGGCGGAGGGAUGUGGGCAGCUGGGAGCAGGGCCUGGCAGGCGAACCCCGACAGAUGGUGGAGGGACCCUGGGGGUAGGCCAGCGCCUCCCCAGGCACAGGGGGUGACCGGGGUGCCCCGUGCGGGAGCUGUCCCCAGCCCUCAUCCCUGCCACGUGGUGCGUGCUCGUGUGUCUUGCCCUCACUCACUAACUGGAGGACGGGUGCCCACGUGUCUCCUCUGCUGCAUUUGUAAACAGGAAAGUGUAUUUUAAACAGUAUUACCCCACCGCUCCCUCUUGUCUCUUAGAAGGGGUGGCGGGGGUUGGCAUGCUUCAGGGGCCUUCCCAGGCCCUGGAAGAGGCCCCAGACCCAGGGCGUCCUUGGCCGAGGGCAGGUGCGAAGGUGAUGACUGUCAUUACCCCCUGCACGUGUCCUUUCUACCCCGGAAGCCAUCAGAAUCCACCAGGCGUGCAGGUGGACCGCUCCUGCCUGAUGAGCUUGAUGGGCAGACUUUGGUCCCAAUUCAAAAGACUGAGGGACCAGCCGCCUCUGCUCACCGCCUCCCAAACCUCGCCAGCCUCUGGCUGCACGGCCAGGCCCUGCCUCGUGGAGGGCCUACCAGAGCUUGGCCGAGGGCCCACGUGCCCCUGGCUCCCUGAUGGGCUGCGUGUAACUUGUGUCUCUGGCCUCUUUAGGAGCCCAGCUGUUGUGAGGAAUGAGUUGGUCGCUGCAUCCUGUAUCAGUCAUGGUUCCAAGAAAAGCAAAUAUCAUUUUUGGCUGCAUUAAAAGAAGCAUCAUGUACAAAAUA